AUGAGGAUCGGCAACUAUCUUGUGACAAUAUGUUUUCUGCUUCUUCAACGUCGGAGUAAAGGAUCAGUCGAGUUUACUUUUGAAAUCAUCAGUUACUCUAAUCCACUUCGUCUGGAUGUCAAUUCGAACACGUGCGAAUUUUUCUAUUUCCUUGGUGAUGGUUGUGAUCCUGAAUUCACACUUACCAUAUAUAUUACAUCUGCUACUGGAAGGAAGAGCUUGGCAAUUCGUGAAAAGGCGGGUCCCUUUUAUAAUCACCUGGACAUUGUCAACGUUAUGCAGGUAACCGGAAUGCAGAAAAGUUAUCCUUUUAUAAUGGAUUUUGAGCUGAAUAUAGAGGAUUAUGAUCUAAUCAGUAACGAUGUUAUAGCGAGAUUUUCUGCGAAGCUUUUAUUCUCUGCUGUCGGAGUAUAUCAACUAGAGAUGGGUGACAAGGUGCGUGUUAAAAUCCUGCUUGCUUCCCUGUGCUCGGAAAAUUACUAUGGACAACAAUGCGAUGUAUAUUGUCGACCGGAGGAUGGAGUUUGGAUGUGCGACGGUGACACCGGAGAGCGAAUUUGCCUUGAUCCAACUAAAGUGGAUGACAACGAAAUACCGUAUUGUAAAUCUACAUUUUCGUCGCCCCUUUCGAGCCCUUGA